AUGGCUAUGACCGAUGUGGCGAUUGACUCUCUUGUUUAUCCAAGAAGUCAAACACCUGAUGAUGAAGGCGACUUCCAAGAUGAUCAACUUGCCCUGGUACCACUGUCCAUCCGCAGUCUCAUCAAGGUCAUCCAAGGAUACGUUUACUACCGCAAACAUGUCCAUAAUGAUCCUGUCAACCCUGACAACUGCAUGGAUAUUGACUAUGGAAGUGUACUUGACUAUAGGGCUUCUGGAGAGUUCUUAACUUUUGGUAAUAGAACUAUUCCACAACCUAUUAUCCAGAAACCCAGUCGUCGUACCCCUGCUGAUGAAUUCGAUAGAAGCAUCAGACGAUACCCGUCGUCUUUCCCUACUUUUAGCAAUGAUAAGCAAUGGGAAAACUACAAUCGUAACCUCGCAGCCAUCUGUCGCACUUACGGUCUACAAAAUGUCCUUGAUCACAAGUACCGCCCACAAACUGUUGAUGAAAAGGACCUCUUUGACCGUCAGCAGGCGUUCAUGUAUCAAGUCUUUACCAUGACUCUCCUCACCGAUAAAGGCAAGCAAUUUGUUUGUGAGCAUCAAGCAACCUUCGAUGCGCAGACAAUUUACAAUCAACUUGCUAAAGCCUACACUAAGUCUGACAAAGCUGAUGCCACCGCUACUGGACUUCUACAAUGGAUUAUGACCGCUAGGCUUGAUGAUUCAUGGCGCAACACACAUGAAUCAUUCAUCAUCCAUUGGCAAGAACAAGUAUGCAAAUACCACACCUUGGCAGACAUUAGUCAAAGGAUGCCAGAAACCCAGCAACACCUGCUACUCGAACAAGCCCUUAUUGCUGUCCCUUAUCUCGAUGAGAUUCAGAGACUAUCUAGGAUUCUUGAGAUGCAAACGGGCAAGGCAAUCAUUUUUGAUGACUAUGUCACCCUGGUGGAAUCUGCAGCCCAAAGUUACGACACUCGCCAAGACUCCAAGACUAAGCCUAAAAAUAACCCUAGUAGAGAUAUCUACUUUACUGAUGUUCGUUCCGGCUUUGGGGAUGACAACCUCCCUAUGGAAUUUAACAUUGAUACUGAUAUUGGGGAAUACCAAGCUUACCGCUCAUCCUUCACUCCUGGCCGCCGCCCCCGCCUUCCACAGGCCCAAUGGAGUCAAUUGCAUGAUGAGGCUCGUCGCCAUUGGCAACAGCUUCCUGAUAAAGCAAAGGCCAUUAUUCUUGGAGCAUCUUCUGAUCCCGCACGACCGCCACCACCUCCACCUCCGCCACUGCGCCGUUUGGUCAAUCUUCAUGACAUCUCGGCUGCUGAACUCCUCGACCACUUGCAGGAUGCGAGCAUGGGGAGUGCUUCUGGUGCUCUUCCUCCUGAAGUGGUUGACACCGCCAGAGACAGCAUCCUAGCGCAUGUUACUGAAUGUCAAUCUCUCAAACCUGGAGACAUAAAGCGUUUGAUGUCGGAUAAGCUUGCCGAUGUGCCCUCCAAACCCAAAGGCAAGCAGGAAGCCAAGCAACACGAGAUCGUGAUAGAUGGUAAAACGUAUUGA